CUGUUCACACAUCAGCUCACAGAGCCUCUCUAUAAGAGGAAGAUAAACUUUAUAAAAAUCACUCUAUAAGGAAGUUGAUUUGCCAUACGGAGAACCUUGAACCAAACUGCAAACAUCUACUACUGGCUGUCUACUGGGUACAUUACAUUUGACAUUUUAUUUAAUGUUAAUUUGGAGUUUAGAUUAUUGAGUUUUCCCCAGUAAAAUUGUCCAGAGGGGUCUCGUCUGUAGCAUGUUGCCCUACCUGGUGUUUCUGCUGCUGAGUCUCUCCACACACACACAUGGAGAGAACCCUGCUAUCAAGCUCAUCCUCACAGACAAGGGACUUCAGUAUGGGAAACACAUGGCUGCUGUGGUGUUAACGGAGAAGAUGAAAAACAUGUCCUUUCCAGACAUCAGUGGAGGAGUCAGCAUUGGUUUGCUAGGAACUGUAGACUAUGUCCUCAGUGGGAUGUCUGUCUCCCAGUGUGAUUUCCCAGAACCCUCAGUGGACUUUUACGAGGAGGUCGGACUCAAGGCAGUUGUCUCCGACCUAAACAUGAGAGUGAAUGGGAGAUGGAACACCAACUUUGGAAUCAUAUAUGACAGUGGUUCAUUUGACCUGGCAGUUUCCAAAGUAGGUGUGACCUCUGUGGUGAGGUUGGCUGAGAACGAGGAACACUUGUCAAUCUCCAGCGAGACCUGCUCUGCUGAAAUUGGUGAUGUCCACAUAAACUUCCAUGGUGGUGCCAGUUUCAUCUUUCAGCCUUUUGUGGACAGUUUUAAGAGUCGUAUCAAAGGUGAAAUACAGGGGAAAAUCUGCCCAGCAAUCCAACAACAAACAGAAGACCUGGAGAGACAACUAGCGGCCAUUGCAGUCUCCUUUCAGGUUGGCUCUGAUCUGGUUCUGGACGUCCCUCUCUCCAGCUCCCCCCUCGUGGAUUCUGCCAGCCUGGAGCUAGACUUCAAGGGUGAGUUCUACAGUGCCAAGAGCCACACAGAUCCUCCCUUCCAGGCAGAUGACUUCUCUCUGACCUGCCAGGACUCUUACAUGCUCUCACUGGGCAUGUCUGAGUUCACUGCCAACUCCGUUUCUUACUCCUACUUCUCCACUGGGGUCCUUGUGGCCCACAUAACUGACAAAAUGAUCCCAGCGGUCUCUCCUCUGCGUCUCAAUACCAGCUCCUUUGGAAAACUCAUCCCUCAGCUGCCAAAGCUCUUCCCUGACCUGCUGAUGGAGCUCAGUGUGUCGGCCAGGAAGGUUCCCAUGUUCUCCUUUCUGCCUGGGGAGGUGCAGCUGGGGCUCCCAGGCAUGGUCACCGCCUUCGCCGUUCAGAACAACGCAACCCUCACCCCGCUAUUCAAGCUGCAAGCUGACUCAGUCUUCAGUGGUCAGGUCUCCAUCUCAGGGAACAAGGUCCGAGGCUCCGCAGCGCUGAGCAAUUUUACCCUCACACUGGUGUCCAGUGAAAUUGGACCGUUCAAGGCUGCUUUCCUUGAGAGCCUAGUGAUGUUGGGGAUAAAAACGGGUGUAUUGCCUAAACUGAAUGCCAAACUGGGAGAGGGUUUUUUCUUACCCAGCCCACAUCACAUCCAGCUGGUCAACGCAGUCCUGAAGGUGAAUAAGGGUUUUGUAGCGUUUUCCUGCAACUUUGAUGUCUAGUCUGUAGACAUUGGGCACCACUGAGUCACAUUGCUUUCCACAAGCCAAACUGAAGUUUGAUGAUCAAACUGACUUCUGUUUUUGCCAUUUUCAAUUAUUCCACAUUUUUAUACAUCAUGUAGGACAGGACACAUUUAAGUUAAUUGAUUCACUCAAUCAAAUAAGUUGAUGACAACUGAUUCUACAACUGCACUUUUCACAAAUAAACAAUACCAUGUUGUUUUCAA